AUGGCCAUAGCCAGCUUGCUGUAUGGGAAGGAGAGUGAGGCAUACAGAGCCCGCGCUGGGCAGGCCCGCGGUCUCGGACCCGGACCCGGGCAGUUCCCCGGAGCGGCCACGAGACCAGGGUCCCCGAGGGCCGCGGGCGGGUGCGGGCAGGGGGCGCGGACGCGCGCGGCCUUACCUUCGGCCACGUCCUCGUCGAUGGCCCCCUUGACCUGCGAGAAGCACCACUGCAAGUCAUUGGCGCCCGCGGGGCAGCCGCCGCCUCCGGCUCCUGUGGACACACCCGGCGCGUCAGGCCGCGCGGACCCGCCCGUCCCCCUCCUCCGCCCCCGCCCCGCCCCGCGCGGACCCCACCUGCCAUGGCCGGCCGCAGGCUGGCGGGCGCCGAGUCGGCGGCGGACGAAGGAGGCUGCCGCCGCGCAGCUGCCGCGCGAGCACCUUAACCCGGCUGCCGCCGCCAGCGCCGGGGAGGGAUUUUUUUUCCCCUUUUCAAAAUGGCGCCCAAUGCCCGUCGCCCUGCUCAAUGACGUCAUUCCCCUCCGCCUCCGGGCGGGGAGCUCCCCUGCGCUGGGCUGGGUGGGGCGCGCGGCCGCGGGGUCUGCCGGGGGCUGCCGGGAGGCGCCAGUGCGUCUGCGCGGGCCGCCCCGGGCUUUGUCCCAGGCCCGGAACGUGGCGCGGCGGGGUGGCCAGGGUACGUCGCGGCCAGCGGGCGGCUGUGGGCCCGGGGCUGGCGCGCCUCUGAAGACCAGCGGCAGGACCACCGCUAUUCGCCCGUCCACCUCGGGGGUCAUGGGAGGGCUCGAGGCGGCCCCGCCCGCAGCUAGUGGAGCGCGGCCAAUAGGAGCGCGGUCCUUCGACGGAGCAGCCAAUGGAGAGCACGCUCUGAGGGGCCGCACCUGGAGCGCGCCGCGUCCGAGCGCGUCGGAGCGCGUCCUCGCACCUGGCGGGGCUGCAAAGCUCUCUCUUCGGUCCCAGUGUGAGCUCCGGGAAGUCUGUGUUCGACUUGGAUGGCAGCCAGGAGAGACCAGUCCGUGAGCAGCUCGAGGCCAGGUGGACCUCUGCCGCUCCACGGCCCGGUGGUGAAUGCAGGACCUGAAGUGGCCCUCACCUGGGAGCCCGGAGCCCGAAGUCUCCCCUACGCUUGGUGUGCAGUGGACGAGAAAGUGUGCGCAGGCCAGGAGCAGGCCCCGCGAGGACCCUGGGCUAGUGUCUGUGCUGUGGAGUGGGUGACAUCCGGCCGGGUCAUCAGUCAGCCCAGCUGACGUCGUCUCGUUAAACCUGCCUGUGGGGAGUGUCAGAAUCUGCACUGACAGAGGGAGUGGCCUGUGUUGUGAGCACCUGAGACCCGCGAGUGCCUGCUGGUCUCGCCAGACUCCCUGUGACGCGGACUGUUUUGAGGAGCGUGAAGCGAUAACUCAUUACAGUUUACUACCUUGCUCUAACAUCUCUCCAUUAGCUGACGUUCUAAGUGCACACAUUCAAAUAGCUUUUGGAAAUUUCUAUCACUAGACCCGAGGAUUUAUUUCUCUUUCAUUUGGAGCUCAUUUUGUGUUCCACAUUUUAUCACUUGUCAUUUUAGCCCAAUAUAUCAAGGUCAAGGAGAAAAGAAUUGAGUUGGAAACACGAGACUCAAUAAAUAAUAAAAAUAACAAAUGAGUAGUUUGCGUGCGUUUGCAGGACACCGCAGACUUCAGUGCUGGCUGGGCAAGGUGCCCUGUCACCGUCACUAAUGGGCUUAGGGGACA